AUGUCCUCUCUUUCUGGCUUCCAGUCCGAGACGCGAAAGAAAACGUCCAAGAGAGAUGAAGCCAUCCGUAAAAAGAUUGAAUCCGAGCUUUCCCGAAAACGUACAAUCUCUACUACUCAAACCCAGCAGCGUAGACGUGGUAACAAAGCAUCUGCUCAGAAGGGAACUGUGGCUGCCUUGAAGCCGUCACCGGCCCUCACUGUUCCGGAGAACAUCACUGUCGCGGAAGCUAGCCAGUUAUGCGCCGCGAAAAGGACAGACUGUGUCCUCGUUGUAGAUGAUGAGGAAGGCUUGAGUGGAAUCUUCACAGCAAAGGAUCUUGCCUACCGGGUCACUGCAGAGGGACUGGAUCCUCAUUUAACACCGGUACACCAAAUUAUGACCCGACACCCGAUGGUCACACAAGAUACCACCAGCGCUACAGAGGCUCUGCAGCUGAUGGUUUCCCGACAUUUCAGGCACUUGCCUGUCUGCAAUGAAGAUGGGAAUGUAGUUGGAUUGCUUGAUAUCACGAAAGUGUUCCAUGAAGCCUUGGGCAAGGUCGAACGGAGCUCCGCUGCUUCUGAGCAAUUGUUCAACGCCAUGGCUGGAGUUCAAUCUGAACUGGGGAACGUAGGAUCUAAUCCUCAGGCUGCGGCUAUGCUCGCCUGGGCCGACAAAUUGCGUGAAAGAACCGCAUUGCCGGAUUUAACAACCGUCAUGGACUCCAGAACCCAGCCCGCUACGGUUGGACCCAAAACCACAGUACGUGAAGUAGCGAAGCUGAUGAAGGAGAGAAGGACAACUGCGGUUUGUGUUAUGGAGGGGGCUGCUACAUCUCCAGGAAUGCAAACGAGUUCGAAGGUGGUAGGUAUCUUUACAAGUAAGGAUGUCGUCCUUCGAGUCAUAGCAGCUGGAUUGGAUUCGGGGAGGUGCAGUGUUGUAAGAGUGAUGACCCCUCAUCCUGAUACCGCGCCUCCCACUCUCAGUGUUCACGAAGCAUUGAAAAAAAUGCAUAACGGACACUACCUCAAUCUGCCUGUCUUGGAGGAUGACGGUCGUCUUGUGGCCAUUGUUGACGUGCUGAAGUUGACAUAUGCGACAUUGGAACAAAUGAAUGCUGUGAGCGCAGAGCAAGGUAUUGGUAAUGAGACGGACGGAGGUCCGAUGUGGGGUCGUUUCUUUGAUUCCAUUGGUCACGAUGAUACCGAAUCGAUGUUAUCCGGAUCCCACAUUCCUCCUGAUAUCCGCGCCUUACAAUCCAACACGAGCCUUUCUCAAUUGCACUCCCCUCGUUCGGAAGUUCAUCCCAACGAUUCGGCAUCGGUCGUGGACGAUGAAUCCGCUGUUAGCUAUCAUAACCAGAAGGGAACACCUUCAAUAAGUGCCCCUCCCCCCGUCGAUGACGGGACAUAUGUAUUCAAAUUCCGCACCCCCAGCGGUAGAACCCAUAGAUUCCAAUCCCGACAUGAUAACGUUGAACAUCUCAGGGAAAUCGUAGCUGGAAAAUUGACAACCGACCCGUUCUUCACCGACUUCAAGCCCACGGACUCGAACGUGAUCCCGCCCGAUCCUAUAGACUUUUUGUUAUCGUAUACCGAUGCAGAUGGCGACACGGUCUUGAUCACAUCUGACCAUGAUGUAUCUGACGCAGUGAAGAUCGCGAGAAGCAGUGGUUCUGACCGUGUUGUGUUGUUCGUCCAGGGUGGAAAGGCUUGGGAAGAUGCGGGAGCCCGAGAUAGUGAAGUGAAAGCGGCGGAAACGGCUGCUGCUGCCAUCAAGGAGAUUCGGGAAGUUGAAAAGCAGGAACUCCCGAUACCACCUGUCUAUGCCCCUCCACCUCCACCUCUCCCUCAAGACCAGGUUCUGGGCAUUCCGAAGGACUUACUUCUACCCGCCAGUAUCGGUGCCCUUGCCGUCGUCAUCUUGGGUAUAUUUACGGUCUCGAGGUUGUCGUCGUCCCAUUACUGA